GCGUCUACCUUGCUGGUUCAGGCAAGAGUGGACUUCGAGUGGUGGCCGCACGUGGGAGACACCUGGCCGCUGCUGGCAAGAGAACACCAACCGGGAGCAAAAAAAUCAAGUAGCCGCUGCUUUUGCCGCUCGGAUUAGUUCAAACAUCCGCCGUUUUUACUUAACAUCCGCCGACGGAGACCGUGUUCUUUUGAACUUACAGCACCAUCUUCUGCUCCAUCGCGGCGUCUUGACUUUCACGUGGAGAGCCGCUGAUUGUCGCAACGUCCAGAAGUCAACCCCUGACAUCCAGCCGGUACCUAUAACUUCAAUCAUUAUGUCCGAGGAGAAGGGGACCACGGCGAGCCUGAUCCUGGAGGACGGGACGAGGUUCGAAGGCCGCCUUUUUGGCGCUAAAGUGUCUGUGUGUGGAGAAGUUGUGUUCCAGACGGGUAUGGUGGGCUACCCCGAGGCACUGACCGACCCGUCCUACCACUGCCAGCUGCUAACACUCACCUACCCUCUGGUGGGCAAUUACGGCGUGCCGGAGGACGAAGAGGGCGCAUUUGGACUGAGCAAGUGGUUUGAGUCGUCAAAGAUCCAUGCUGCCGCUCUGCUCAUCGGGGAGCUGUCGGAGAGUCCAAGUCACUGGAGCUCAGUCAAGUCGCUGGACCAGUGGCUGAAAGAGCAAGGCGUUCCAGGGAUACAAGGCAUCGACACUCGCUGCCUGACCAAAAAGAUCCGCGAGAAGGGGACCAUGUUGGGGAAGCUGGUGUUGGACGAAACCCCCGAGGAGAGCGUUCCCCUGUAUAAUCCCCACAAGAGCAACUUGGUCCAGGAGGUGUCCAUGACGGAGACCCGCGUCUUCAACCCCAACGGAAAUCUGCGGAUCACUGUGGUGGACUGUGGCAUCAAAUACAACCAGAUCCGCUGCCUGGCGGAGCGAGGGGCCUGCGUCACCGUUGUACCCUGGGACCACCCACUGGAGAGCGCAGACUUUGAUGGUUUAUUCAUCAGCAAUGGUCCCGGGGAUCCGCAACUCUGCCAGGCCACCAUCCACAACGUGAGAAGGGUGGUGUGCGUGGAUCACCCUAAGCCGGUUUUUGGUAUCUGUCUUGGACACCAGCUGCUCUCCUUGGUCAUUGGCGCAAACACCUACAAGAUGAAGUAUGGUAACCGUGGCCACAACCAGCCUUGCAUCCACAAGGGCACCGACCGUUGCUUCAUCACCAGUCAAAACCACGGCUUCGCUGUUGACCCUGACACGCUGCCCAGCGACUGGGAUGUCCUCUUCACCAACGCCAACGACCACACCAACGAGGGCAUCGUGCACAACACGCAACCCCUCUUCAGUGUUCAGUUCCAUCCCGAGCACAUGGCUGGUCCCACGGAUCUGGUUGGCCUGUUUGACGUGUUCCUCAGCACCGUCAGAGACCACAAAGAGGGCAAUGGUGGCAAAUCUGUAAAGGAGCGUCUCCUGGACUAUCUCACCUACCUGGGUUUCCCGAAGCUCGAAGAGGUUUCCCGACCGAAGAAGGUCCUCAUCCUGGGCUCUGGAGGACUGUCCAUUGGCCAAGCUGGCGAGUUUGACUACUCAGGCUCUCAGGCUAUAAAAGCUCUGAAGGAGGAGAACAUCCAGACGGUGCUCAUCAACCCCAACAUCGCCACCGUGCAGACCUCCAAAGGUCUGGCGGACAAGGUCUACUUCCUGCCCAUCACCGCAGAGUAUGUCACUCAGGUCAUCAAAAACGAGCGUCCCGACGGCGUCCUCUUAACCUUUGGUGGGCAGACGGCGCUGAACUGCGGUGUGGAGCUGACCAAGCUGGGCGUGCUGGAGAAGUAUAAUGUGAAAGUGCUGGGAACGCCGGUGGCCUCCAUCGAGAUGACAGAGGACAGGAAGAUCUUUGUGGAGAAGAUGGAGGAGAUCAACGAGCACGUGGCCCCGAGCGAAGCGGCUCUAUCUGUGGAGCAGGCGGUGGCGGCUGCAGAGCGCCUGGGCUACCCCGUCCUGGUCCGCUCGGCCUUCGCCCUCGGCGGCCUGGGCUCCGGGUUUGCCAACAACCGUGAGGAGCUGACCUCUCUGGUGACGUCGGCCUUCGCUCACACCUCGCAGGUGCUUGUGGACAAGUCGCUGAAGGGGUGGAAGGAGAUCGAGUACGAGGUGGUGCGGGACGCCUACGACAACUGUGUCACUGUGUGCAACAUGGAGAACAUUGACCCUCUGGGCAUCCACACGGGAGAGUCUAUCGUUGUGGCACCCAGUCAGACGCUGAACGACCACGAGUACAACAUGCUGAGGAACACCGCCAUCAAGGUCAUCCGCCACCUCGGCAUCGUGGGCGAGUGUAACAUCCAAUAUGCUCUCAACCCCGAGUCAGACCAGUACUACAUCAUCGAGGUGAACGCUCGCCUGUCACGGAGCUCCGCCCUGGCCAGUAAGGCGACAGGUUAUCCUCUAGCCUACGUGGCAGCUAAACUUGGCCUGGGCAUCCCGCUGCCGCAACUCAAAAAUUCUGUGACCAACUCUACCACGGCCAACUUUGAGCCCAGUCUGGACUACUGCGUGGUGAAGGUGCCUCGUUGGGAUCUGAGCAAGUUCUUGAGGGUUUCCACUACGAUUGGAAGCUCCAUGAAGAGCGUCGGUGAGGUGAUGGCUAUUGGCCGCAGCUUUGAGGAGGCUUUCCAGAAGGCUCUCAGGAUGGUGGAUGAGAACUGUGUAGGAUUUGACCACACCAUCAAGCCAGUGUCUGACCAGGAGCUGCAGACGCCGACGGACAAGCGGAUCUUUGUCCUGGCCGCCGCCUUGAGGGCCGGCUACACGGUGGACCAGCUGUACCAGCUGACCAAGAUCGACCGCUGGUUCCUGCACAAGAUGAAGAACAUUGCCGACCAUGAGCGGCUGCUAGAGACAUACAACCAGGACGAGAGCGCCAUGCCGCCACAGGUGAUGCGAAAAGCCAAGCAGCUGGGCUUCUCGGACAAGCAGAUUGCUCUCGCCAUACAGAGCACCGAGCUGGCAGUGAGAAAGCUGCGUCAUGAUUGGUCCAUCCUGCCUGUGGUUAAGCAGAUUGACACGGUGGCCGCCGAGUGGCCGGCCUUCACCAACUACCUGUACCUGACCUACCACGGGACGGAGAACGACUUGGACUUCCGCGACCUGCAUGUCAUGGUGAUCGGCUCGGGUGUUUACCGUAUCGGCAGCAGCGUGGAGUUCGACUGGUGCGCGGUGGGCUGCAUCACGGAGCUCAGGAAGAUGGGCUACAAGACCAUAAUGGUCAACUACAACCCUGAGACAGUCAGCACAGACUACGACAUGUGUGACCGCCUCUAUUUUGAUGAAAUCUCCUUCGAGGUUGUGAUGGAUAUUUAUGAGAUGGAAAACCCCGAAGGCAUCAUCCUGUCCAUGGGAGGCCAGCUGCCAAACAACAUCGCAAUGUCGCUGCACCGCCAGCAGUGCCGCAUCCUGGGAACGUCGCCCGAGUUCAUCGACUCCGCCGAGAACAGGUUCAAGUUCUCCAGAAUGCUGGACACCAUCGGCAUCAGCCAGCCCCAGUGGAAGGAACUGUCUGACACCGAGUCGGCUGUGAAAUUUUGCGAGACUGUGGGCUACCCCUGCUUGGUCCGCCCAUCCUACGUGCUCAGCGGCGCUGCCAUGAACGUGGCGUACAGCGACUGUGACCUGGAGAAGUACUUGAGUAGCGCUGUGGCCGUGUCCAAGGAGCACCCUGUUGUCAUCUCCAAGUUCAUCCAGGAAGCCAAGGAGAUAGAUGUCGAUGCCGUGGCAUGUGACGGCGUUGUGAUGGCCAUCGCGGUGUCCGAGCACGUGGAGAAUGCUGGCGUGCACUCUGGUGAUGCAACGCUAGUGACUCCUCCUCAAGACCUCAACCAGAAGACCAUGGAGACAAUCAAGAUGAUAGUCCACGCCAUCGGGCAGGAGCUUCAGGUCACGGGACCCUUCAACCUCCAGCUCAUUGCCAAGGAUGACCAGCUGAAGGUGAUCGAGUGCAACGUUCGCGUCUCCCGCUCCUUCCCCUUUGUGUCCAAGACUUUGGGUGUGGACCUCGUUGCCCUGGCGACGCGAGUCAUUAUGGGCGAGGAGGUGGAGCCGGUGGGCCUCAUGGGAGGAAAGGGAAUUGUGGGGGUGAAGGUCCCUCAGUUUUCCUUCUCACGGCUGGCGGGGGCUGACGUGGUGCUGGGCGUGGAGAUGACGAGCACUGGCGAAGUGGCCUGCUUUGGCGAAAACCGCUACGAGGCUUACCUCAAAGCUAUGCUUUCCACUGGCUUCAAGAUUCCCAAGAAGAACAUUCUGCUCUCCAUCGGCAGCUAUAAGAACAAGAGCGAGCUGCUUCCCACCGUUCAAGCCCUAGAGUCGCUUGGUUACGACCUGUACGCCAGUCUGGGCACCGCCGAUUUCUACACGGAACAUGGCGUCAAGGUGACAGCUGUGGAUUGGCCUUUUGAGGAGGACGACAGCGAGUGUCCCACCAAGGAGAAACAGCGCAGCAUCAUGAACUAUUUGGAGGAGAACCACUUUGACCUGGUGGUCAACCUCUCCAUGAGGAACAGCGGAGGUCGCCGCCUGUCGUCCUUCGUCACCAAAGGCUACAGGACGAGGCGCAUGGCCAUCGACUACUCUGUGCCGCUUAUCAUCGACAUCAAGUGCAUCAAACUCUUUGUUCAGGCCCUUCGUCAGAUUGGUAGAAGCCCGCCAGUGAAAACUCACAUUGACAGCAUGACAUCGCAGACACUGGUCCGUCUUCCUGGUCUCAUUGACGUCCACGUGCACUUGCGUGAGCCCGGUGCCACCCACAAGGAGGACUUCUCCUCCGGUACAGCGGCGGCCCUGGCAGGGGGCGUGACCAUGGUAUGCGCCAUGCCCAACACCUCCCCCGCUAUUACAGACGCCACGUCUCUGAUCCUCAUGCAAAAGCUAGCUAAAGCCAGCUGCCGCUGUGACUACGCCCUGUACUUGGGCGCCGCGUCGGACAACGCCGCCACCCUGCCAUCCAUUGCCGGCCAGGCUGUUGGGCUGAAGAUGUAUCUGAAUGACACCUACUCAACGCUCAAGAUGGAUAACGUCUCCCUGUGGAUGGAGCACUUUGAGAAGUGGCCAAAGCAUCUGCCCAUCGUGGCGCACGCUGAGAAUCAGACGGUGGCCGCCAUCCUGAUGGUGGCUCAGCUCUACCAGCGACCAGUCCACAUCUGCCACGUGGCUAAGAAGGAGGAGAUCUCCAUCAUCCGAGCCGCCAAGCAGAAGGGCAUCCAGGUGACGUGCGAGGUGGCGCCCCAUCACCUCUUCCUAUGCCAGGACAACGUGAUAGAGAUUGGUGAGGGACGAGCGCAGGUGCGACCCAUGCUGGGCACCCAGGAGGACAUGGAGGCGCUGUGGGAGAACCUGGACAUCAUUGACUGCUUUGCCACAGACCAUGCUCCUCACUCUGUGGAGGAGAAGAGCAGUGGUCAUCCUCCUCCAGGUUAUCCCGGCCUGGAGACUAUGCUGCCACUGCUGCUGACAGCCGUGGGUGAUGGACGUCUGACGUUGGACGACAUCGUGCGGCGUCUUCACGAUAACCCACGCAGGAUCUUCAAUCUCCCGGUGCAAGACAACACCUAUGUGGAGGUGGACCUGGAGCAGGAGUGGAUUAUUCCUCAGACCAUGCAGUUCACUAAGUCCAAGUGGACGCCUUUCAGCGGCAUGAAGGUGAAGGGCAAAGUUCGGCGUGUGGUCCUACGAGGAGAGGUGGCCUACAUCGAUGGACAGGUGUUAGUGCCACCAGGUUACGGUGAAGAUGUGAAGAGCUGGCCGGCAGCUUUAGUCCUUUCUCCUGAGAGCCCCAUGACCCCUGAGCGUCCCCGGCCGACUCCUCCCCGCGAGGGCCUGGUGCGAACCCGUGCCCCCAGCCCUCGCCGCUCUGCAGGAGAGGGUCGCUACCUGCUGCCCCCUCGCGUCCACCGCUCCUCCGACCCAGGACUGCCGCCAGAGAUGGUCAUGCUGCCACCCACGGGGGCCGCUGAUGGAUACAGUCACCCCCCUCCCCUGUCCAGGCUGCUGUCCCCUCAGGCCGGGCUGGGACAGAUCCCUGCUGGCCAGCUGUCCCACAACCACAUGUCUCCUCUGUUGCACCCCCUAGUAGGCCAGCACAUCUUGUCUGUCAGACAGUUCAGCAAAGAGCAGAUGUCUCACCUCUUCAACAUUGCACACACAUUACGCUUGAUGGUUCAAAAAGAACGCAGCCUGGACAUCUUGAAGGGUAAAGUGAUGGCGUCCAUGUUCUACGAGGUCAGCACUCGCACCAGCAGCUCCUUUGCGGCGGCCAUGCAGCGUCUGGGCGGCUCUGUUGUCCACUUCUCCGAGUCCACCUCGUCCACACAGAAAGGAGAAUCGCUGGCUGACUCGGUCCAAACCAUGAGCUGCUACGCAGACGUGCUGGUGCUCCGACACCCUACGCCCGGUGCCGUGGAGAGCGCAUCACGCCAUUGCCGCAAGCCGGUGAUCAACGCUGGGGACGGUGUGGGCGAGCACCCCACCCAGGCUCUUCUGGACGUCUUCACCAUCCGAGAGGAGCUGGGAACGGUCAACGGCAUGACGAUAACAAUGGUCGGCGACCUGAAACACGGCCGCACCGUUCAUUCGCUGGCCAAGCUGCUGACUCAGUACCGCAUCAUGCUGCGCUACGUGGCCCCCAGGAACCUCCACAUGCCAGCAGAGAUCAUAGACUACGUGGCCUCCAAGGGCAUCAAACAGGAGGAGUUUGAGAGUAUCGAGGAAGCUCUGCCCAAUACCGACGUACUCUACAUGACCAGGAUUCAGAAGGAGAGGUUUGCUUCUGAAGAGGAGUACAAGGCCUGUUUCGGCCAGUUCAUCCUCACCCCUCACAUCAUGACCGGAGCCAAGAAGAAGAUGGUCGUCAUGCACCCGCUACCCCGAGUCAACGAAAUCAGUGCCGAGGUGGACACGGACCCGAGGGCGGCCUACUUCCGCCAGGCCGAGAACGGCAUGUACAUCCGAAUGGCCCUGCUGGCCACCGUACUUGGCAGAUAGACAGGUGCCUAAUGUUGGUUGCAGGGAGGAAGUUGUUGACCCCACAGCACCACCCACUCGAGUUAGAAAACAUGAGCCAGUUAGAAACCAAUACCAUGCUGCUGUACUUUUUUCUUUUUUUCCCCACUGUCGUCUUCUUUGCUGUCAUUCAUGCUAAGUUGCCAUCAAACUUAUUUUGGGACCAAUGUGUCUUGAGACAUUGCUGCUUUUAUCAACAACAAGCUUGUUUGUGAUCCUGAGUUAGUGACAUUUAGGUCUGUUCCUUCUAUUAUAUACCUCAUCCACUUUUUUUGUCUUAGGUUUGUCAAACAUGUCAGUUGUGUUAUGAUAUCUAGUAUUGGAGAGUGUUUUUGUAUUGUGGAGAAAAUAAUAAAAAAUCACGUUUUCCCUUUGCA